UGCACGCCCAACACACCAACACAUCAACAUACACUUCUACAUACCCGCCGCCUCGCGAGUUCCUUCUCAUUCUUCCAGAGCUCCAGAGCCAUUGGCGCGGAUCUACUCUUGUCUUUCCUCCCCUACUUCCUUCGACAAAUACGAGCGUUUUGCACAGCGCGAAGAACCGUUAAUUCUACCGAGGAACUGCUGCUGUACUUCGUCGCUGCAAGCGGGCUUGGAUGAGAUUCCAGGUUCUUCUUCUUGCUGCAGCCCUUCCUUCCGCAGUUUGCUUCACGGGCUCCCUGCCUCUACCGCUAACAAGAUAUGCUGGAAACCGCGGGCAGAGUGGCAGCGUUUUUCCUCGUUGGAGCUCCUUGCCGGGCUCUCCGGAUGUCUUCCCCCUGGUGGAAUCCGACAUCGAAAUUCCUCAAGAAGAAUCGCACGGUAGCAUUCUCAGCAACUCGGCUCUCGUCGCAGGCAAUAUGAUAGGCGCUGGAGUUUUGGCGCUUCCUUCUGUGACGGGCGCACCAGGAUUUGUUCUCAGCUCAACAGCGAUGGUCGUCGUGUGGGGGUACUGUCUUUGUUCGGGGAUGCUAGUUGCGGAAUGCGCUGGACAGGGCCGAAGCUCUGUCCAAGAGAUGGCGGAAGCAUCCGUGGGCAAGACUGCAGGAAACUUCAUGUGUGCAGCCUUUCUGAUGAGCAACUAUCUCCUGAUGGUAGCUUACAUCUGCCAAGGCGCGUCCUCAUUGCCGUUGUUAUGGCCCGAGUUUUGCGGCCCGGUUUUCACGAGCUGCAUAAAGGAUUUCCACCUUGCACCUCUGCUCUUCACCGGAUUGGUAGGAUCCGUAUCCUUGUGGGGACCGGCCAGAUUUGUGGAAGCCGCCAACACGGCUUUGGUGGGUUUGAUCGCGAUUUCGUUUGGUGGACUCGUGGCAACUGGUCUACCUCGCGUCGACUUUACGCUACUUGCACUAACGCCGGACGCCUCUACCCUGCCAGCGAUGCUCCCGGUGGCGCUCUGCGCCCUGACUUUCCAGAACGUUGUGCCUGCUGUCUCGAAGAACCUGAACGGGGACGCGAGGAAGAUCAAGGCUUCGCUCGCUAUUGGCUCCGGACUCCCACUGAUGACAUAUAUUCUCUGGAACGCUGUCGUGCUCGGAAGCACCCGUAGCCUGGACCCCAACUCAGCCGUUGAAAUAGUGUCACCUCUGGACGCACUUGCGGCGACAUCCCCGGCGCUUGCAUCACUGGUUUCGGUUUUCAGCAUAUCGGCGAUUAUCACAUCAUUCUGGGGCGCGGCGUUUUCUCUCAUGAUAGAACUGACGCACCUGGUUGACGCCCUAAUGUCGGAACAGAGGACUGGCAUACUCGACACCAUUGGACAGUUUCCAAUGGCUGAUGACGCUCGCUCGAUCGACGAGGUUGCCCGUCACGACCAGAACGUCAAACUAUGCGCAACCGGACUGGUUUUGGUCCCGCCGACAGUGGUGAGCAUGGCCUGCCCAGACUCAUUCCUUACUGCCCUAGAUUGUGUCGGCAUUUAUGUCGACCCGUUCUUGUACGGUCUCGCCCCCGCGUGCAUGGCGUACUACAUGCGCAGUGGUGACGGGCAUAGAGCUCAGCUGCCUGGUGCUGGUCUUGCUUUCGUCGCUGUUGUCACCGGUGGACACAUUGCUUGGCAGACGUUCCUGCGGAUGGGUUGAGGGAUUAAAAAUAUGUUUUUGUACGCACAAGCCGCACCUGCAGCCGAUCUCGGUAGGUGGUUUGUUAUGCGUGCAAUUUUGGUGUUGCAGGUUGUUUGCGUAGGUGGAAGGCGGUGCGCAAUGUUGCCCACGCCUCCUGACGUAAACUCAGUGUUUGUUUGCGGGUUUUGUGUAUUGGCGCAAUCGUUGCAGCUGGUUUAGGUGGGGGUGUUAAACCACAGCAAUCAUUGCAGCCGGUUUAGGUAUGGGUGUAAAACUACAGUAGUGGACCUGAAUCUGUGAGGAAGUAGUUACUGGCGGGGCGAUCAGGGAGUGUACAAAGAUUGUUGUACAAUAGUUGGCAACACGAUUGCGAGCGGUACCCGUGACCUAUGUAUAUAUUUUGGACGAAGGCACGCAUGAGUGUCUUUCCUUCUGUGCUGGCACCAUUUUUGCUUCCUUUUCUGGUGUUGAAGCACUCAAAAGCAGCACAAGUUUCCAUGUGUUUAUUGUAUUCUUAUUCUUGUCAGGUCGAAAAGAAAGGAUGAGAAACAGAUAUCUACAGAGUGGUGUGUGAAAGUCAGGUGUGAUGGUAGCCAAAUCCCCCCCCAGCUAUUAGUCGAGAGAUGUACAAAGUGGUUUGUGAACGAGUGAUGGUGGGCAAUUUUUCCUCUGUUUGCUGAGAGAAUGGCGGACGCUGCCGCGGAAGAUGGGCUAAACGUAGUUUCUGCGAAUUCGUCGAGUUUUGGACAAGUCAAACACUUGAGUUCUGCCGAACAGCGUGGGAUGUCGGGGUCGUCACUGAGUGAUGCCCUUGUGUGCCGUUUUGUGUCACCGAAACUGUCCGGUAAAUAAUUUUACACGCCUUUUGCCCUGUCGAAUUGUUGCUCGAGGUGGUACGACUAUUGUGUGCGGCGUGGAAAUGAUCAUGUAGAGCAAAAAGGUCACUUACAGUAGUACGGAUUACAUGCAGGAGCCUUAAAAUAGGUCAACCGGUGGAAUAUUGGCUUGCACUACUGUUCUUGGUCCGUCCUUGUAUAGUACGUCCCCCGCGCCACUGAGAAUCCUGUUACGUUCUCACUUCGGAGAACCCCUUUUUAUCCUGCACCGUUUCGCAGAACACAGCCCAAAAAUGCAGAGUUGUGUGCGCAUGAUUACGUAAGUAGUGUGUAUGUACAUCGCGAAAUUUCCACCCGCUGAGCGGAAGUUUUUGCAACAGCGACUUCAGCGUGCGCCAGCUCAGAGAGGCGU